AUGGAUGCAGCUCUGGUACCAUAUUCGUCACUAGACCAAUCAGUUUCUCCCUACAAGCAAAUCAAAACCCCAAGGAAAAGCGCUCGCGCUUUCAUUUCUAAGCCCUCUAAAAAUCUCUCCCCGACAAACGUCCAUGGCGGUCUCUUGCUGCACCACCACCCUCCUCCUCCGCUCUCAGCCUCAAUAUUCUUCAGCCACUCAUUUCAACCACAUCAUCAACAACAACAACAACAACCACCUCUUCUUCCUCUACCAACUCCCAUAGCCCACCAGUACUCUCUUCCUUCUCGAACCCGAAAGCCGAACAACAAACGCAGGGAGCAGUCCCUGACUCCAAAGAAAUCAAAGCCCACAAAGAGAGAGGAUCCGAAUAAGCAAGACUUGGCGCCGUCGACUAGGCGAGCUGUUUCCGAGUGUUUGAUGGUGGCUUCCACUAAGCCGUUAGGGCCCGACCCGAAUGAUCUACCCAAGGAUGUUUCUCGGGUAUUCUCGUCAACGGCGGCGGGGGAUAAGAGUUUCGGAAAGGUCCUCGCCAUAGAAGAGUUGGAGAUGUUUUCGGGUACAGUAUUUAGUCUGGCUCCGCCUCCGAGUAGCUUGCCGCUGCCCAAGUUUUCUCUGAGGCCAAAGCUUUGUUGCAACGCUGAGGCUGCCGGAAUCGAUGCCGGAGCGACAGAUAAUCUCCGGCGUAUGUUACGUCUCCGGUGA